AUGUCGUCUGCAGUGACCAACCAAGUUACCCACGCGAACGGCGAAAGCAAAGAACUUGAAGUCCUUGUCGUGGGUAUGGGCUUCGGUGGCAUCUAUUUACUGUACAACUUGCGCAAUCUAGGCUACAACGUCAAAGCAGUGGAAGCCGGAGGGGGUCUUGGUGGCAUUUGGUGGUGGAAUUCAUAUCCUGGAGCAAGAGUCGACACAUCUUUGCCGUUUUACGAAUUUUCAGAUGAGGCCCUCUGGAGAGACUGGAACUGGAAGGAGCGCUUUCCAGGCCAGGAAGAACUUCAAGAGUACUUCGCACACGUUGACAAAGUCUGGGAUCUCAGCAAAGACGUCACGUACAACACCAGGGUCGUUAGCGCCAAGUAUGAUGAAGAGAAGAACAAGUGGACUUCUUAUACUGACAAGGGCGACAAGAUCGUCUCUCAAUAUCUGCUUCUCGCCACUGGGUUUGCAGCCAAGGAGUAUAUACCCAACAUCAAAGGGCUGGAUACUUUCAAGGGCCCAGCUUUCCACACCGCAAAGAUGCCCAAAGGCAAAGACACUCUUGACUUUCACGGAAAACGAAUCGCUGUCAUUGGCACAGGGGCUAGCGGCGUCCAGGUUAUUCAGGAACUGGGUCCGAUUGCGCAACAUCUAACCGUUUUCCAACGAACCCCCAACUAUGCGCUGCCGAUGCGACAAAAGAAACUGACCCCAGACGGCGAGCAAGCCAGAGGGAAACGAGACUAUAAAUAUCUCUUUGAGCUUCGAAAACGAACAUCAGCAGGAUGGGACUACAACCCCAAGCCGCAGAAAGCCUUUGAUGUGCCAGAAGAGGAGCGCCUAGCUCUCUGGGAAGAACUUUGGGAGAAAGGCGGCUUCAACCCAUGGCUUGGCAACUACCAUGACCUCAUGCUAAACCGAGAUGUCAGUGAGGCGAUGUAUGCCUUCUGGAGGGACAAGGUCCGACAGAGAAUCACCAGACCGGAACUGUAUGAAGACCUUGCGCCAGAUAACCCCCCACAGCCGUUUGCAACAAAACGACCUUCUCUCGAGCAAAACUUCUACGAGGUUGUCCAGCAGCCUAAUGUUGAAAUCGUCAACGUCACGAAAAAGCCCAUCGUGGAGGUCACCCGGACUGGAAUAGUAACCGCCGAAGGCUCCAAUAGCACCAGAGAACAUCCUCUCGACAUUAUUAUCCUGGCUACCGGCUUCGACGCCGGCCCAGGAACUUUGACGCAGAUUGACAUCAAGGGCAUUUCGGGUCAAUCUUUGAAAGAUAAAUGGAGCAAAGGCACACGCACACACCUCGGUAUUGCCACCGCUGGCUUCCCCAACCUCUUAUUCUUGUAUGGCCCGCAGAGUCCCGGUGCCUUUGCUAUUGGCCCUGCUCACGCAGAAGUCCAGGGUGACUGGAUCAUCAACACUUUGCAGGAUCUGAAGAAAGGUGGUUAUAGCCGGAUCGAGGCCCUGGCUGAUGCGGAAGACCGUUGGGCCAAGAUUACCAAUGACUUGCUGAAUAUGACGCUGAUUCCGCAGUCUAAUUCGUGGUACAUUGGUGCCAAUGUACCCGGUAAAGUCCGAGAAGCCGUGAACUAUCUCGGGGGUCUCCCAGCUUAUACGAAGGCAAUGUACGAUAGCUCCGACAAUGGCUACGAGGGAUUCGUCCUCAGCUGA